CCGAGGCUGAAUCAGGAGUUACAGAUUUUAGAGUCCCCUGGAGUCCGCCUGCCUGGAUCCAGAUCCCAGGUGUACCACUCUUAUGAGGGCUUGGAGACCCCUGAAGAAUUUGAGUACAGAAUCACUGACCAUUUCCUUAGGUGUGGUAAUGGCAUGGCAUUUAUUAUUGUUGUUGUUGUUAUUAUUAUUAUUGCAGUUUUUGGCUGGGACCAGGUUUGAACCUGCCACCUCCUCCUACUCCUUUGAGCCACAAGUGCCACCCCCAUAUUAUUAUUAUUAUUAUUGUUAUUUUGAUGUCCUUACCCAUUGGAGAAGAGAUGUUAAUGCCUGGGAUUUACUUUGAAAUGUUCCAGCUUAAAAAAAACUGGGGAAGGGCCUGGAGUAGGUGAAAAGAGAUUAGAAGCCUGGUAAUAAUUGGUUAAACUGGGUGACAGAUACAUUACACAUUAUAUGGUUAAUUCUGUUCUCUCUAGCUUUAGGGUAAGUUUAGAAAUUCCUCAAAUAAAAAGUGUAAAAUAAAAAUGAUUUCAUUAAUUACUUGGAUGAGGGUAAUAUAGGGAAGAGCUAACUGGUAUACACAUAGCUUUAUACACGCACACACACAUCCAAAAGAUCAAUUAGGCUCCAGAACUCAUUCUAGAAAAAGUGCUACAGACCUCCUUGCCCAAAAUCACUAUGGUCACUUUUGAGAGACUCCCCUUGGGAAGCUAUGCACUGAUGUCAGCACCUAGUCUGCCUUUCAAAGAAAUUUUGGAACUCUUUUUUUGGAAUGGACAUCAGAGCUAUCAUCAUACAAGGUCAGACAAUUAAGUUCAUGAACUCAUCCUAGAAAAAGUGCUACAGCUGGGCAUGAUGGCACACACCUGUAAUCCUAGCACUCUGGCAGGGCCGAGGUGGGUGGAUUGCCUGAGCUCAUGGGUUCAAGGCUAGUCUGAACAAGAGUGAGUCCUUGUCUCUAAAAAUAGCCAGGCAUUGUGGUGGGCACCUGUGAUCCCAGCUACUUGGAAGGCUGAGGCUAUAGAGUCGCCUAAGCUCAAGAGUUGGAGGUUGCUAUGACAUAUAACACCUCAGCACUCUACCCAGGGCACAAAGUGAGACUCUGUCUCAAAAAAAGAAAGAAAAAGUACUACAUACAACAUUGCUGAAUAUCACUCUGGUCACCAGGUGGCCAAGGAGAGUACUACGAACGUGACUGUAGUGAUAGUCAGCAGUGAGGUAGGUAGCACUUUUUCUAGGAUGAGCUCGUGAACUUAAUUGUCCUACCUCACAUAUAUGUUAUUGGAGAGAAGCUAAAGGUAAUUUGCACUGAGCCUCCAGGGGUUUAUGGGCGUAAAUGAGUGUGGCAGAGGAGGAGGACCAAGUCCCAAAUGAAAUAUGGAUUUGGUGGUACAAAGCAAUUGCCCCUUGCCCUGGAGAGACCCUGGCCUAGUCUCCCCUGUGGGAUUAAUCAGCAUUACCAGUUGGUCAGCUGAGUAAAUGAAGUCCAAAUAUUUGGUAAUGUUGAUGUACCUGAGUUUUUCUGCUUUGAGUGGGGAAGUCAUAUUUAGUUGGCAAAUUUGGAAAAAUAAAUCAGCAAAUUAGAAACAAUAUUUUUAAAAAAUAAAAACAAUAUUCUUCAUUUCUUAUGAAUAUUUUGGACCAUUCGCUUCUGUUUUCAUUUGUCUAGGCUGAAUCACAAGUUUAGUCAGAGUUUAUAGUUGUAAGUAUGACUCAAGAGUCAGCUUUUUGAAAUGCAAAUAAUUAUCAUGGACUUAAGUAACAAGGAUUUAAAAAAGAAACCUUUCUAUCAGUGAUUCACAGGAGAUGUACAUCAGAAUUUCUUACCCUGUAGUUUUAACCUUUUUGGAAAAAAACCUGUGUAAGUUAUUAUGUUAGAUUAUUUGGCAUUCUGUUUUUACAGAAACCAAAAAGAGAGGAACAGACCAUUUCUGGUUUUACUGAAGCCUACACAAUAAUUAAGAAAGUGCAGUGGUGGUGCUGUGGCUCUGUAAGUAGGGUGCCAGCCCCAUAUAGUGAGGGUGGCAGGUUCAAACCCGGCCCUGGCCAAACUACAACAAAAAAAGAAGAAGAAGAAGAAAGUGCAGUGAAGGCGAUGUUAACCAGUUUGUUUGAUAGCAGUCCAUUUUCUUCAUUUGGAGCAACUCUGGCAAGGGAUGAUGAAAAGAAUUUAUGGAGUAUGCCCCAUGAUGUGUCCCACACCGAAGCAGAUGAUGACAGAAUCCUGUACAAUUUGAUUGUCGUUCGUAAUCAGCAGGCCAAAGACUCAGAGGAGUGGCAGAAACUCAACUAUGAUAUCUAUGCCCUGCGGCAGAUUCGAAGGGAAGUGAGAAGCAGAUGGAAACGCAUUUUAGAAGACUUAGGUUUUCAAAAGGAAGCAGACUCUUUGUUGGCAGUGACUAAGCUCAGCACCAUCAGUGAUUCCAAAAACACAAGGAAAGCUCGAGAGAUGUUGUUAAAACUGGCUGAAGAGACCAAUAUUUUUCCAACAAACUGGGAGCUCUCAGAGAGAUAUCUCUUUGUUGUGGACCGUCUCAUUGCACUUGACGCUGCAGAGGAAUUCUUUAAAAUUGCUAGUCGAACUUACCCCAAGAAACCUGGCAUCCCAUGCCCUGCAGAUGGCCAGAAAGAACUUCACUACCUUCCACUUCCAAGUCCCUAAAGCAGAGGCUCCAAGGCACGGGAUGGGAAUUCUUCCACCGGGACUCAGCAGCCAGAAAAAGUGCAUGUAAAGGAGAGUAGCAGAUAGAAGGGCUGCUGAGUGAAGAGUGAUGCUGAAUCCCAUAGAAAAUGCCAGGUCUUCACGAGGACCUUCUUCUAAGAAAUGUUCACAUUGCGUUGAAACCCUCUGGUGGUCUCAUACAUCCAGAAAGCAAGCUGGAGCGUUGGCCAGUGGGACCGUUCAUCGUGCAUGAUUACCUUCCAAGAGCCCAUUGCCCCAGUGUUAAGUUUUGGUUGUACAAUGAGCUCUGAACAUUAAUUCUAUUGAGAGAGCAGAAUAUUCUACUUAAUAAAAAAUACUUGUAGAAAAAGCGACCCUUGAACCCAAAGAUGAAUCACCAAUUUUAAUUAUUAUAAAGUAUAGGCUAAAUCCCAAAAGAGUGCUGGACAUUAUGUGGCACGUCUUUGAUUUGGAAGAACCUGUAGAACUUUGGAGGGUGACAAGGCAUCAUUUAAAUGUCAGUUAUGGAAUUCAGAAGUAUGGACAGAGCAGAUAAUGGAAAUACCAAGGGGUGGUGCUUAGAAGUGAGUUCCAAAUAGACUGACUCCAAGCCCAGCUUCUUCCAGCUGCACGUAAAAAGUUCUCUUUUCACUUGUGGUACCUGCAUCCUAAAUUCCCACCAUUAUUGAUACCUGGUUACCUCCUUUUUGUAUAUUGUCCAUUUUUAUUCCAAAAGCCCUUACAUUUUAUCUGAGACAACAUCUGUCAACUGAAAUGUUUGACCUCUAUUUAAUUCUCUCGUCUGUAAUCUGUUUCUGGCUUAUUGGCUGAGAGUUGCACCUGCCCGGGGACCUUUUGUGCGGAUUGCAGCUGUGUAGACAGUGUCACAUCGAAGAAGAUCACUGCUGGGUGUUCUUCCCUUCUGAAGAUAAUUUUCAAAGGGGAACAGUGCUGUCAAUGCAGCCUGCUUCUGUCCACAGAUCGAGAAGUCCAGCUUCAAGAGUUACUUGCCACUAAAGCAAGAAGCUUGUCGAGAGAUCGUGGUUUAUUUUAUUGGAAAGGCUUUAAGGAUUUAUAGAAUUUAUCAGGACAACGGCAACAUUUUUAUUUUUAUAGAUCUUGUAUUUCUGACUUCAGAUUAAAAACUAACUUGUAUUUAGUCAUCCAGGGGAUUGUAACUUGAAAAUUUUCAUAUUCUGAUUAGAUUCCAUGAUAGUGUAUGCAAUGUUUCAAAUAUUUCUUAGAAGUGAUCUAUGUUUGUCCAUUUAUUAAUGCAUUGCAGACCAACUUACUGACGUGUUUCAAGAAAAUUCUUCCUAAUUUAGUAAGCUAAAAAUUUUAUUUUUUAUAUUUAAUACUUAAUCCCUGUCUCAAAUUGUUUAAAAUUAGCCUGCAGAUAUUUCCCUUCACCUGUGUAGGCUCUUGGUAGGUAAAUACACAACGUGAAACAAACAAUAAAAUAAACA